AUGGGCGACAACCCUACAGAGCAAGAGGUCAAUGCCGAGUUUAAUCCUGACCGGUGCGCUCUCCUACACAAUGAGCUCCUUGCCAGGGCAGUCAGUCACAUUCCUGACGCCGCUGAGAACAUGCAACAGAACUGCAUCCAGUUAGCUCUCGAGAAUCCUCCGGGAUGGGCCGAUACGGAUGCAUUACAGAAGGACGAUGUUGUUCGUUUCUUCUCCCAGUUGAAUGUGUAUGAUCCACGACACGCCCCAUUCACAGGGGAGUUUAGACAGCCUGAUCCAGUAGCAUUCUGGAAUCGAACAUACGGAGACAUGAACGAUCCAGACAUUAUUUUACUCUAUCCCACCGCAUUUGAUAUCCAGCAGGAUGCCGGUCUGUUUCUCGAUCUAUUCACCAAACGAGCGACUUGUGGUAAUAUGGAAUGCGGCAGCCUUCCUGCGAGCGAUUCCGAAUCCUGGGUACCGCUUGAGUUUGCGCUUCUGAAAUUAUUGGAGAUGUGGGACCGUGGAAAAUACUAUUGGAUGGACGAGAGCAGAAGUUCAAUAUUGAUACGAGGAUUUACACCUAGAGAUCUGGAAGAAACCCUUUCUGCUUGGGAGAGCUUACGGAAGGCUAUCCAAAGCCGCCUUGGUGACCCGGGCGAAGACAAUUAUCGCGAUCCCCUGCCCAGCAGUCUGGUAAAUCAAUUUCGGAUAAGCCCCUUUGCUAAAGCCUUUCUGACAAAGGCCAAACGGCCAAAUUUCACUUUCGUUGGGCCGGGCAUUACAGUCUUUACAGAUGAAAGAUUUGAAGCCAUCAUGGGUUCAGAGCCUCCUGACUCGGAACGAAGUCAGUUCAUCAGGAGAUUCCCCGACGAGCCAGACCUCUAUCCUUCACUCGUUCUCCCACUUGCCGAUGAAUCAGUGAGGCUUCAAACUCCUUUCAACCCUCGCAAGAGGCAUUUGGAGAGGCUCACAAUUUCGCUCCUUCCCGGACUGUACAUGGGAGUUAACGAUAAGUUCGCGGACACUAUUCAGCUUGUGACAGCCCAGGCAACCGAUAGAGAUAUGGCUUAUAACGUUCCAAGACCAUGGGGCGCCGAUAGGGAACCCCGGUUCGCAGAACUAUUUGAGGUUUGGGCCGGCUAUGUUGUUGAUGGAAUAUGGGAGGUCGGUGUUGACGGGGUUUCAACUAGCCAUGAGUGGUUUACCGACGCGGCGACUAAACCAUAUCGUGAGUUGCACUUCAUGGAAGACUCCAUGUAG